AUGCGUUUCCAUGUGUUAGGCAUCGGGUCCAUCGGGACACUCGUUGCGCACAACUUGCGUCGAGCAGUCCCUUCGGCAGAGGUCAACUUGCUCCAACGACGAGCCAAGAACCUCCGUGGAAAGGGCAAGGAGACCGACAGGGAGCGCAACUUGACACUGGAGGUCCAGCGGCAUGGAACCAAGACGGUGUCUUCCGGCUAUGUUGUUGACCUGACGAAAGCCGACUGGCCGGGGAAGGAGCACUUCAAGACGGAGCUGGAGGAGCAGGGCAUCGCGGUGUCGGCAGGCGGGCCGAUCGACUCUCUGAUUGUCUGCACGAAGGCGCAGGGAACGUCACAUGCCAUUGGCGAAAUUGCGGACCGUAUCCAGCCAAGCUCGGUCAUCACGCUUCUCCAGAACGGAAUGGGUGUGUACGACGAGCUUUGUGCCAAGUACUGGCCGGACCCGGGACUACGACCGCAGUUCAUUCUCGGCACGACGACACACGGUGUGACUCCUGGAGAACGGAACGGCUCGAUUCUGCACAUGACCAAGCCCGGCGAUGGAGCACUGAAGCUCGGCGUCGUGCCGGACCCGCGAGGGAAGACUUCGUACGACCGCUGGCUCUGGGGCUCUGCGGCGAGCAGGAUACCGAGCGUCGGCCAGCCGAUUGCCCCGACGUACCCGUUGCCGAAACUGAACGCCGAGCCGAACGUGCGGGAAACACUCAACGCAUUCCUCUCCAUGACGGAGCUCAACCCCGAGGUCCUGCCAAUGGCAAACCUGUAUCACGAGCUGCUGCUCAAGGUCGCGGUCAACGCCACGAUCAACGCGCUGACGGCCUCCCUCGGCGGCGGCUUCAUGCGCAACGGCGACCUUGUACGGUCAUCCCCCGGCUUCCAGCUCAUCAAGCAGACGGCCGCCGAGACGAGCGCGGUGCUGCAGGCGUACCUCCGCAACCUUGCCGGCGGCCAUCCGCCAGAGCCCGAGGUCAUGCGUCUCUUCUCAGCCACGAGCCUCGAGGACCGGAUCAAGUCGAUAGCGACGCAGACGCAGGACAACACGUCCUCGAUGGCGAUGGACGUGAAGGCCGGCCGGGACACGGAGAUCGACUACAUCAACGGCUUCUUCGUCGCGCUCGGCACAAAGCUCGGCGUGCCCACCCCCCUGAACCGGAUGCUGGUGCAGAUGGUCAAGCUGCGUGCCGAGAUGGCAGGCCUGGGCAACACCUUCCUCCCCCCGAUCGUGGACGUGAUCAAGCGCCGCGAGCGGAAGAUGGUCAACAAACAGGAGGAGAAACUGGCCCGCCGCGCGCUCAGCCUCGAGGAGAAGCGCCUCAGCCUCGAGCGCAUCGAGCAGCGCGAGAGCGAGCUCGAGAAGAGGGAGAGGCGCCGCGCGCGCAAAUCGGCCAAGCGGCAGAAGGUAAGGGAGCAGGAGGCCGCGCGCAAGCUCGCCACUGUGGAGAUGCCCCCGGUCGUCAUGAGCUCGAAGUAA